AGUAAGGCUUAAGGUAACAUUAUCAAGGUGCAUGCUGUUUUCGGAUCAUCCUCAGGGAUGUUUUCCAGACCCUCGCCACAGCCUAUUGUGCAACAAAAAAGAAAAAGUUAUGGAAGAGAAUGAAGACAAGAGAAAGGGUAAAGAAAAUAAAACUCCAAGUAAUCCAGAGAUGAAUCCUAAGGAUGAAAUCAAACACUCCAUUUCAACAGAAGAAACAAUUGAUACAAAAGAGAAGGAAUCUAACGUAAGUCUACCAUUGUUACCUGGAACCCCAACACCUGAUGUCCUUACAAAAUCCUACACUGUCGAAAAUCGUCAACAUAGUCCUGUACGGUUCCCUACUCUUUUCAUACCCGCACAAGAUAAGAUGUAA